CGAGCCCCCCCACGAGCAGGAUGGAGCCGGAGGAGGGUCUCAGUGGGCCGCCGUGCGCGGGUGCCCGCGGCCCUCCGGCCGCUGCCAUCAUCGGUGCCGAGGACGAGGACUUCGAAAACGACAUCGAGCCCACCCCCGAGGAGCAGAACAGCCAGUUCCAGAGCCUGGAGCUGCUGCGGCAGCACCCGCUGUCCCUCAUGGCCUUCCUGCAGCACGUCGUGCUCCAGUUCGACUCCUGCCCCGUGCUCUGUUACCUGCAUGUGGACAUGAUGCGGAGGAUGAACCCCAAGGAGGGCAGGAAGCAAUUCCUGGAAUUCUGCCACUUGUUCCUGGACAAGGCGGGGCUCCUGCGGGUGCCCAUCCCCCACCACGUCCAGUUUGAGCUGGAACGGACCCGUCCGGAGCUCCUGUCGGAGGAGACCCAGCGGCGAUUCCUGCAGGACAUCCAGAACUUCCAGGAGCCGGAGAUCUCCCGGCAGCUGGAAGACUUCAGGUCGAAGCGGUUGAUGGGGAUGACGCCGGGGGAACAGGAGCUGUCGGAGCUGGAGUGGAGCCGCGCCCGGGACCCCUCAGGAUGCGAAUCCAAGGAGAAGCAGCUGGCCGAGCAGCUCCUGGCUCGCCUCGAGGAGAUGCACCUCACCAUCUCUUCAGAUGAGGAAAAAAGCUCCGUCAUCUUCGGCGCCAUCGUCGCCUACAUGAAAUUCCUGGGCGUCAGAACCAAGGGUGGUGACACCAAAAAAUCCAAAUCCAACUUUUUCCGUAAAAAGAUUUCUGGGAAGGAGCCCCAGGGAAAGGCCCGGAAGGGUUUCAGCCUCCCCGGGGCCGCUCUGUGGGGUCGCGACGCCCACAGUGCCGAGUUCAGGCAAAGCGAAGCCGAAAAGCCCCCCCACCCAGAGCGGAGGGGCCCAAGGGGGGCAGAGCGCAUUGAGGGGGGGUCUUCCCGCCCCCCCCGUGGCGGGGGGGGCACAGGCGGGACCCCCGACCCCCCCCCAGGCCUGUCAGUCACCGUGACCCCCCCGGCCGGGGACAGCGCCGAGGCUGAAGCAGGGACGGACCUCCUGGGACCCUCGGAAUUGGGGGAUCCCCCCCCGGAGCCCCCCUCCGGAGAGCAGCACGCCGUGGAGGAGGGAGCAGAGAGCGAGAGACGCAGCUUCAGGAGAUUGGGGCGCUCUGAGAGCCUCCGGGUGCCCGAGCGACGCCGCUCCCAAAAACUGGGGGGGGGGCGCCAGCCCAACCCCCCCCGCUCCCGCAGCAACGCCGACCUGCAGGGACACCCCCCCCCCACCCCGGAGCCGGGGGGGCCCGGGGGGGGGGGCCCCCCGCCCUAUCUGCCUCGGCAGCCUGAGGAGGCUGUGCCGCGCCUGGAGCCGGAGCUGGAGCAGGAGCCGCCGGCCUGGCGGCAGCUCGCGGCCCCCGAGGCGCUCCUCAGGCUGCCCCAGCGCGAGCUGCGGCGCCAGGAGGUCAUCAACGAGCUGUUCCUGACGGAGCACGCCCACGUCCGCAUGCUGCGGGUGCUGCUGGAGCUCUUCUACCAGCCCAUGCUCCGCGAGGGCUUCUUCGACGAGCAGGAGCUCUCCAACAUCUUCCCAAGCCUCGAGGACCUGGUGGAGGUUCACACCGAGCUUUUGGGGGGUCUCAGCAGUAAUUUCAGGGUCUCCCCGGGGUUUGGGGGGCUCCCUUUGCCCCCCCAGUUCGAGGGCACCGAGGGCAGCUGGUUCCAGAAGAUCUCGGCGCGCUUCUGCAGCCGCCAGAGCUUCGCCCUGGAGCAGCUCAAGGCCAAGCAGAGGAAGGACACCAGGUUCAACCAGUUCAUCCAGGAGGCCGAGAGCCGCCCACGGUGCCGGCGGCUGCAGCUCAAGGACAUCAUCCCCACGGAGAUGCAGAGGCUCACCAAGUACCCGCUGCUGCUGCUCAGCAUCACCAAAUGCACUGAGGCCGCGGCCGAGAGGGCCAAGGUGGAGCAGGCGGCCGAGUGCUGCCGCCAGAUCCUCAACCACGUCAACCAGGAGGUCCGGGACAUGGAGAACCUGAUGGUAACGCUCCCCAAAACCCUCCGGAACAAUUCCCCCCAAAAAAUCACCAAUAUCCUGGUGCACGAAGGGCUCCUCUCCCCCAAACUCCCCCAAACUUCCCCCAAACCCCCUUCAGUCCCCUCCCCGGACACAUCACACCCAAAAAACCCCCCCAAACCCCCCCAGAACACCGACAUCACCAAGCGCACCCUGGUCCACGAGGGCCCCCUGACCUGGCGCAUCACCCGCGACAAAGCCGUCGAUCUGCUGGUGCUGCUGCAGCGGCAGGAGGAGCGGCUGGUGCUGCGCUGGCAGAGCCGGGCGCUGGCGCCGUGCCCCGAUGGCAAGCAGCUGCUGAGCCCGGUGGUCCGGCUGCGCUCGGCCAUGACCCGAGAGGUGGCCACAGGUCCGGGGGGGCUCCCCGAGGCGUUUUGGGGCAUGGGGAAGCUCCCCGAUAGGUUUUCGGGCUGGUGCAGCAUCAUCAGCGACACCGCGGGGUCCCUGAAGCUGCCGGGGGCUCAGAGGGCCAAGGGCCAGCGGCCGGUGGGGGGACACGGCCCCCCGGGCCAGCCGGAGUGA